AUGACAACACCUCAUUUAGCUGCUCGAAUGUUGUAUACAGCACAUACUCAAUACGAUGAUAUUGAAAAUUCCAUCAUUGGUGAUCUGGGGAUUGGUACAGGAAUGUUGAGUAUUGCCUCGUGUUUGAUGGGUGCAAAUUUUUGUUUUGGUCUUGAUUAUGAUCAAGAUGCACUUGAUUUAUGUCAGCAAAAUUGUCAAACGUUUGAUUUAACAACAAGUUUAGAUAUAUUAAGAUGUGAUUUAAGACGAACAAUCGUUCCAUUUCGUCAUCGAACUGUUGAUACGAUUGUAAUGAACCCACCAUUUGGCACCAAACCGUUUUCUUCUUCAUUAGGUGCCGAUGAAGGUACUGUUGAUUAUAUGUUAGGCGGCAUUGAUAUGAUAUUUUUGAAACAUGCGAGUCAAAUAGCAACAAAUUCAAUAUAUAGUUUACAUAAAACAGUUACACGUGAAUAUAUAAUAAAAAAAGCAAAUGAAUUGAAUAUGAAAACGGACGUGAUUGCUGUUAUGCAAUUCGAUAUACCAAAACUAGAGAAGAAAAGUAAAUAUAGACAAACAACAACAGACGUUUCAAAUAGACAUUUGAAACCAAUUGAGGUUGAUUUUAUUAGAUUUGAAAUAAAAGAUGUGAACUGA